AUGGUUUAUGCCCAGUCAGCAAACACAGUUGGUGUCAAUCCCUCCCUGUACUCUCCAUCGUUCACGUAUCAGAUGUCAUUUAACUUCUCUGAGAGGGAGAACUCGACUGUCCUGGCAACGUUACCCACAACUCCCCUGUGCAGCCAAGAGGGCUCGUCCUCCAGCCUGCUGAACAGGACCUCCGCCUCCUAUGAGCUGACUACAGGCGAGGCUGCCGUCCUGGGCUUGGUGUUUGGGGUUCUCUGGUUGGUCUCCAUCCUGGGAAAUGCCCUCGUCUGCCUGGUCAUCCACCGGAGCCGACGGACUCAGUCCACCACCAACUACUUUGUGGUGUCGAUGGCUUGUGCAGACCUGCUGAUGAGCCUGGGCUGCGCCCCCUUCAUCCUCCUGCAGGUCGCCUCGGGUCGAUGGCCGCUGAGCGCCGCCGCAUGCAAGGCUGUGCGCUACCUGCAGCACCUCUGCCCCGGUGUGCAGGUCUACGUCCUGCUUUCAAUCUCUGUAGAUCGCUUCUAUACGAUUGUUUAUCCGCUCAGCUUCAAGGUGUCCAGGGAGAAAGCGAAGAAGAUGAUUCUGGCCUCAUGGCUGUUCGACGCAGCCUUUGUCUCUCCCUGCUUCUUCUUCUAUGGUUCCGCGCCUGCAGACAGCAGUCAUUGUGACUUCUUCCUCCCGGACAGCUGGGGCGGUGUAGCCUACGCUGCGGUUCAUCUCCUCUUUGGUUUUGUGGUGCCGGCAGGGCUGAUCGUGUCCUUCUACCAGCGAGUGAUCCGCUACAUCUGGAGGAUCAGCUCUGACGGCCACACGGUGCGCCGGACGAUGAACAUCGUCCCCCGGACUAAAGUCAAGACCAUCAAGAUGUUCCUCAUGCUCAAUUCGGUUUUCUUUCUCACCUGGACGCCCUUCUACGUCGCCCAACUGUGGCACCCGAGGGAGUCUGACGGUCCCAGCAGGCAGGGGCUGCUGUUCUUCACGGCCAUCGCCUGGAUCUCCUUCAGCUCCACGGCCUCCAAGCCGACUCUGUACUCGGUCUACAAUGCAAACUUCAGACGAGGCAUGAGAGAAACCUUCUGCAUGUCAUCCAUGAAAUGUUACCGCAGUAACGCUUACACCAUCACGGCGAGCUCUCGAAUGGCCAAAAAGAACUAUGUCGGGGUGGUGGACAUCCCGGUGCAAGCGAAGACCGCCAAGGAAUCUGUUUACGAUACGUUUGACAGAGAAGCGAAGGAAAAGAAGGUAGCAUGGCCGACUAACGCAAACCCUCCGAACACUUUUGUGUAA